GAGAGUCCCACCCGGCAGCCACAGACCCCGGUCCGCAAGCCCCUCCCUUCACCUCUCCCCGCCCUGGCGCCGGGCACGGGCCGCGCUCCCUCGAAGCGGCAGGGCCCGCAGUCGGCCAUGGCGGCGGGCGCCGGGGCCAGGCCGGCGCCGCGCUGGCUGAAGGCGCUGGCGGAGCCGCUGAGCGCGGCGCAGCUGCGGCGGCUGGAGGAGCACCGCUACAGCGCGGCGGGCGUCUCGCUGCUCGAGCCGCCGCUGCAGGUUUACUGGACCUGGCUGCUCCAGUGGAUCCCGCUGUGGAUGGCCCCCAACUCCAUCACCCUCCUGGGCCUGGCCAUCAACCUGCUCACCACGCUCGUGCUUAUCUCCUACUGCCCCACGGCCACCGAGGAGGCACCAUAUUGGACAUACCUUUUAUGUGCACUGGGACUCUUUAUCUACCAGUCACUGGAUGCUAUUGAUGGGAAACAAGCCAGAAGAACGAAUUCUUGUUCUCCCUUAGGGGAACUUUUCGACCACGGUUGUGACUCUCUUUCCACAGUAUUUAUGGCAGUUGGAGCUUCGGUUGCUGUGCGCUUAGGAACUCAUCCUGACUGGUUGUUUUUCUGCUCUUUUAUUGGGAUGUUCAUGUUUUAUUGUGCUCACUGGCAGACUUAUGUUUCAGGUGUAUUGAGGUUUGGAAAAGUGGAUGUAACUGAAAUUCAGGUAGCUUUAGUGAUCGUCUUUAUAUUAUCUACACUUGGAGGAGCAACAAUGUGGGACUAUACGAUACCCAUUCUAGAAAUAAAAUUGAAGAUCUUUCCAGUUCUUGGAGUAGUAGGUGGAGCAAUAUUUUCCUGUUCAAAUUAUUUCAAUGUUAUCCUCCAUGGUGGUGUUGGCAAGAAUGGAUCCACUAUAGCAGGCACUAGUGUUUUGUCACCUGGACUCCACAUAGGAAUAAUUAUUAUAUUGGCAAUAAUGAUCUAUAAAAAGUCAGCAACUAAUGUGUUUGAAAAGCAUCCUUGUCUUUAUACCCUGAUGUUUGGAUGUGUCUUUGCUAAAGUCUCACAAAAAUUGGUGAUAGCUCACAUGACCAAAAGUGAACUGUAUCUUCAAGACACUGUCUUUUUUGGCCCAGGUCUUUUAUUUUUAGACCAAUACUUUAAUAAUUUUAUAGACGAAUAUGUUGUUCUUUGGAUAGCAAUGGUCAUUUCUUCAUUUGAUAUGAUGAUGUACUUUAGUGCUUUGUGCCUGCAAAUUUCAAGACACCUUCAUCUAAAUAUCUUCAAGACUUCAUGUCAUGAAGCACCUGAACAGUCUGUAGACCUUAAGCCAUACGAUGAAAUAAUCAAAAUUAAAGGAGUAAUGAACACAUACUGUGUCUUAGACAAUAAAAAGGUAUAUUGAAAAAAUAGUGAAAGGGGAUUAUUCUUUAAAAGGAAAAAAUAUGUAAAUUAAGUACAUAGAAAUCACUCUGGAGUACUUAUUUUGCCUCUAACUAUUGGUAAACUUUUUAAAGUGUUUGGAUAGGACUUUUUAAAGUGUUUGAAUAGUACUUAAGAUUUACAUUCCAACUUUGGCUUAAAAGGGAAGUCCUUUACAAAAUGCAGAAAAAAAAUUGGAACUGUCUCCUUAGAUAAUCAUUAAUUUUUUCUUGUAUAACUUAUCACAGCUAGAAAAAGAGAAUCAGUAUGGGCUUAUUUUUUAGGCUUGGAAAAUCUUAACUAAGGUAAAAGUGGGUAAUAGGGGUAAAAAUUAGAAUUUAAAACAUGGAAAAACAGGAGAAAAUCACUCCUUUUCCUCCAAGGGCAUAUUUUUGUUUUGACUGAUUCAAUGAAAGCAAUUUCAGCAAAAAAUAGUAAGUUUAACUUAUUUCAAACAAAUG